UUUUGCAUUUGUUCCACAAUUUUUGCAAUUCAAAACUCUUUUCUUCCUCCUCCCUUCCUCCACUUUUUAUAGGGCAAUUUGCAAAAAGGAAGAAGACUUCACUUUGGUUCACAGUCUCUCUACUGGUGGUGUCCAUUUUCAUACUGACCAUAGGUCUGGCAGCUACAACAAGAACAGAAAAUGUUACUGUGGGAGGCUACUACCCAGGCAUCAUUGGAUUGUUGGCAUCCACCUGGUAGAGAACAGAAGACAAAUGUUAGUAGCCUCCAUCGUGUUUAUCAGCUUUGGCGUGGUAGCAGCAUUCUGUUGUGCAAUAGUUGAUGGAGUGUUUGCAGCACGGCAUAUAGAACCUAGACCUUUGUAUAACAGAAGAUGCCAGUUUUAUUCAAGUGGAGUAGGAUUCCUAUAUGAUGCCUACCAAACAGAGGUGACAUGUUACACCUUAAACACCAAGUGCCAGCUGAAAGUAAAGAGUAACACGUGCUAUUGCUGUGACCUGUACAACUGUGAGAACUCAGAGCAGUCCUCCAGCUACUACGAAUUUCUUGGCGUGAGCAGCUGUCAGGAUGUGGUUCACCUGUAUAGGCUGCUGUGGUCCUCCACAGUCCUGAACAUCAUCGGAUUGUUUCUGGGGAUCAUCACAGCAGCCAUUCUUGGAGCAUUUAAAGACAUGGUACCUAUGUCCCAAAUUGCUUUCAGUGCCGCACCACCUCCUCAGAUCCUUUACAACCCUGCCCAGCAGAUCCUGACAUAUGCUGGAUUUUGUCCUUCUGCAGCAACAAUUUCUACAUAUCCAUCCUACCCAUUGCCCCUUCAGCCUGCCAGCAAUUUUCCAGGAACAUCAUCUACUGACAUUUCUAUAUCAGAAGAAACUCAGCCUCCAUCUCAGUCCAGCUCCAGCUACGGCCUUCCCCCCAAUGCUCCGCCCCUCUAUGCACCAACUUACUUCUUGCCUGGAGAAAAGCCUCCACCAUAUGCACCAUAGGACCAAGUAUUCAUUUGAGGUAGUUAGCAGGCACUGUUUUUAAGAAACCUUUGGAAACCCUGUGCUGUGCAGGCACUAGACUUUCCAAGGAACCCACUACAGAGUGUGUUAUAGCCACUCUGCUUUUAGGCACAUCUCACUAAGCAGAGCAGAAACCUGGAAAUAUCAGGGCAGGCUCAUCACCAGUGGUGUGACAGGUCACCACCCAGUCUGCCUAAGGUCAAAUGCAGUACUGCUUUCUACUUACCAUGAGUUUUUUUCCUUCUCCCUAUACUGCAGAGUGUUCUUCUUCCAGAGGAGAAUUGAAGAAAACACUCUGGAUACAUGCUCUGCUUUCAUAAACCAAUAUAGAAGGGUUUUAGUCUGUGUUGUCUGAAUGAGUAUUCUGGAGCCCUACGAGUCAAUUGCUUUGGGUAGAAAGAGCCUAGGUGUUUGUUUGCUUGUGGUAUUUAUUUAAGAACCCUCUUUGGUGAAAGCGUUGUACCAAUAAAAAAAGUGUGUCAAUUAUUUUCCAAUAAAAUUGACUGUGUAUAUUUA